AUGAGCGCCGACGAUGUGGCGCGCUGGUCGUCGAAGGAUGCGCAGCUUGCUGAUCUGUUCCUGGAUCAGCUCCUCAACGCCGCCGCCGACCAUCAAAGCCCAUCGGCUGGGUGGCGCGGCUUCGAAUCGCGGCCGCAAGCGCCGAAACGCCUGUUCUUCGGCGGUGCGGAGAGUUUGGCGGACGCGCCGCUGCGCUCCGAACAACAACGCAAGUCCAAGGUGCUGAAUUUGGUUAUGCAGGUGAGGAUUUGAUUUUAAAAGUGCAUAAUGUACAGUACGUUACAGUGUUGCGAAUUAUGAGAGUAGGGCAGAUAAUUCUACUAUACCCUGCCCUAAGUUACUCUUCCCGACCCUACCUUACUUUACCUUACCUUCCCUACCCUACCCAACCCAACCCUACCUUACCAUACUCUACCUCUACCACUAUCCCUAUCCCAAUUUGCAUGAUGUGGGUAGGCAUAAGGAACAAGACGAAAUGUCAUUUUUAGCCGUUCGGAUAAUUAAAAAUUCAAAAAUUUUCUGCAAAUUAUGCAUAAACCUUAAAUUUAUUUUUUUCAAACAUCUUUGACCUCUGGAUAUUAGAGUACAUUCGUAAGACAUUAGAUGUUAAUUUACCCUACCCUAGCUUAUCCAUCCGUGCCCUACCCAAGUUCACCAUACUUUGCCCUACCCUACCUUACCCCCACCUUUCUCUACCCAACUUGAUCCUCCCAAUUAGUUUCACCCUAAACCGCCCUACCUUUUUUACUCUGCCUUUCAUUAUUUUAUCAAAACGAAAUUUUUUUUACCAUAUCUUACCUCACCUUACCCUACCCUACUUACUUUAUUUAAAAACCUACCCUACUUAGUUUAUUUAAAUUUUUAUGGAAGAAUGCCAUUUUGCGAUUCAACCUUGACUAUUUCAGGUACUGUCUUCUAUGCUAACAACCACAACUACAUCACCAAUUCAACCAAUCACACUACCUACAAUGACGCCUACUGUAAAUUAUACCUGUAAGUUUGGUUUUUUUGAAAAAAUUAUAAUUUUUUUCAAAAAAACGAAGGCCUUUACUCUAAAAUACGAGACAAACAUCCAUAUUCAAAAAUUAAAAAGUUGGUAAAAUACGUGAAAUGUUACUUGGUUGUAAAUUUAAGUUUAAAUUAUGGCUUUAGCACCCUCACCGCCCAUAGCACCAGGCUCCGAAUACGGAAUGGUACCAGUCAUAAUAAUCGGCACCAUUUUUGCCAUCGCCACAACUUUAGGUAAUCUCAUGGUUAUGGUAAGUCAUCUUUUCUUUAUUGUUUAUUAGGUGCGGACAUAAAAACCCCUUGUUUUUUACAGGAGAAAAGAAAGGAAUUGGCGGGUUCUUUAUGUCGGCACCUAAUAUAAAACUCAUUUUUCGCCGUUUAGGCAGAAUUUUGGUUAAAAAGCGUGAUUUUUAGCUUACUGUGAGUCUUAAUGGCUAUAAAAUGCCAUUUUUAAUGCAUAUUUUAAAAACUUUUUCAAAAAUGUUACUUUGAGUUGAACGUAAAAUGGUAAUUAUGAUAUAUGACUGCUCUUUACAGAUCUCAAUCAGAGUUGACAAACAGCUCCAAACAAUCAGCAAUUACUUUCUUUUUUCGUUAGCUAUAGCCGAUAUUACUAUUGGUAAGUAUCAUAUCUUACCCUAAUCUGCCGUAGUCGACCCUACCAUACACUAUCCUAUCUUACUCUACCAUACUCUACCUUACUUUACUCUAUUAUACCUUACCGUACCCUAUCCUCCCUACUUUACCUUACUCUGCCCUAACCUUCUCUAACCUACUUUACGUGACCUGCCUUUUUUAAUUUUUCAAUUUUAAACACUACCCCUUCAGGCAUAAUAUCGAUUCCCCUGAUGACAUACUACACGUCGACGGGUACAUGGGGUAUCGGUUGGAAUAUGUGCCAGUUUUGGCUAUGCCUCGACUAUUUAAUGAGCAAUGCCUCCGUGUUGAACUUGUUAUUGAUCAGUUUCGAUAGAUACUUUUCAAUCACUCGACCGUUAACUUAUCGACCGCGCAGAACGACUCGAAAAGCGCUAUUUGCCAUUUUCUUGGCCUACGCCAUAUCUAUGGCCCUAUGGCCGCCUUGGAUUUUGACGUGGCCGCUCAUUGAAAAUGCUAUCGAAGGUAGGGUGUUUGGUGAAAAUUUUUAUUUUUUGGAGAUAGGUGGCCAAAAUAUGCCAGCUUGUAUAUACUACAUACAAAUUAUGACAUUUUUCUAUCAUACGCCAAAAGAUAAGCUUAAUUUUCAAAAACGGCCCAAAAGAUAUGACCAUUUUAAUCCACAACCCCUUCAAAUUUCAGGUCAAACCUACGUAGAGCCAGGCUCAUGCGUAGUCCAAUUCCUAUCCCAAGGAGCCAAAGGCCGCUGGGCUUCUCAAAUGGCCACUGUGGCCACUUGUUUCUUUGCUUUUUAUUUACCGGUAACAAUCAUGAUAUACCUGUAUUAUCGCGUCUACUGCGAGACACGGCGCCGAACUGCCGAAUUUCGAAAACUUCAAGCUGGACAGGUAGGCUUAACAGGUUUUUAGUAUUAUUUUUUUUUAAAUUUAGGUCGAGAAAAGAAAAUCUAAAAUAACAAAACGUAUUUUACAAAAAAAAAUUUAGCAUGGUGCUAUAUAGUACGAGAGAAAACCUAUUUUUAGUAGCAAAGCUAUACAUAAAACAAUUUCCUAUUUAAAAAAUUAAAUUUUUUUAAAUUCCAGUAUAGUACUAUAUAGUACGAAUGAAUAAAAAGCAAAUUUCACUAUGUUUCACAGUGUGUAACACGUUUUUACUCCAACAUACAAACCACAAAGAAAAUUUUCAGUUGCCCAAAGUGUUUUUUCACGCUCGUGCUAUAUAGCACCAAGAAAUGGUUAUCAAAUUUGUUGUUUUUAAAUCAAAUUUUAGGCUUAUUUUUUAGGCGUAAAAUUAUUUUUUCGGUGUAUUUAAGUGUAUUUUAUGCCUUAAAAUCACUUUUAAAAAAUAUUUUAACAUAACAUUAGUAAUACGAGUUUUUACUUUGAAAUUAACAUUUUUACAUGUUUAAAUGUACAAUAUAUGUUUUAAGGUUUGUCUUAAUCGUCUCCGUUGUCUGAAUAUGUCUUACACACAGCAUUUUUGUGCGCUUUAUGUGUUGCAUAUCGAAUAUAGGAGUAGGGCUUUAUGAAAAUGAUUUUUUAGAGUCGUACUGAAUAGUACUUAACAAUACCUACGAUUUAUACUGAAUAGUACGUAGGAUUUUUGAGUGUUUGAGCCUUAUUGUAACAAAACAAAUGUAAAUUUUUUUCGGUACUGAGGUAGUACAAACAGUACAAUACUCAACAAUACCAUAGUGAUUUUUAGUGUUAUCAUAGUAACCUGUCAAAAAAAGGCAUUCGUAUUUUACCCUCCUGUACUACCCUGCUAUUCUAUGUCCAUUAUCGUUCCAUUUCAGAUGUUUUCACCAACACAAAUCGGCGCCACGUCCGCGUUACAUUCUCUCAUGUUACCACUGGUCCGUUUGUUUAUAAAAACUGCCUGAACUAAAAUUAUAAGCUAAAAAAAUAAAUGUUUAGCGGUUGAUUGCGGGAUGGAGGGUCGUAUCUUCACAUUGCUGUGUAUUUUUUGAUACAAAAAGACUGGCCAUCGCUUGAAAAACCUACUAUAACAUAAAGAGAAUCGUAAAAUUAUUUCUAAAUCAAAUGGCAAAAACUUUCUUUCCAGAACACAUAUAUGGCAGGAACUUUAUUUACAAAACAAAAAAUGGCAAGAACUUCCUUUCCAAAACAAAAAAAAGCCAAUUAUAAUACCUUCCAUCAAGAUACGACCCUUCUUCCCAGCGUGUGUACAUGUAAUUUUAAGUUUACUUUUUUCGACUGUAGAGGAUUGACGUUUUUAGUUUAAUUUGGUUUAAGUUUGGCGCACUAAUUUUUGAGUUCAACACGGUAAAGCAAGUUUAUUUUGCUCACAAUACAUUUGAGUAUUGAAAUAUAAGUAUCAUAACGAAGUAUACAACACGAUUUACCUGUUUCUAUCGCUUUUGAUGUGACCAACUAAUUUUAACACAAAAAAUGAAAAUUUAAAAAAUAUUUUUUGAUGCUAGAAUUUUAGGCUUAAUUUUCAAAGGUAUAGACUCAAAUCAGAGGAAACAUCAUUUUAAGCUUAAAUGAGAAAAAGCAUCUUUUAGGAUUAAAGCUAAAAAUUCCAGGCAAAAUGCAGGCUUACUAGCCAUUUUUCUAAGCAAUUCAUUCUAUCGGUGGUGGUAACACAUUUUUCAUAACUCUUUUUUAAAAAUGAAAUGCUAUAACAAGUCUACUUUAGGCUACAUCAUCAUUCCGACAUAGAAUUAUGUCCAUCCGAAGGAAAAAUCAGGUUAGGGGUGUGAAAAAUUAAACCCAAUGCUAACUUUUUCAAAUUUUUUUCUGAUAAAACAACUUUUUAACAGCGUGCUGUGGAGAACUUAAAACAGUUUUCUAACAAAUUUUUAAUGCUGUGGGAAGUCUAAAACUCUUAGAUUGCACUUUUAUACCAAUAGUUUACCUAACUUUAAUUCCAAAUUGUUAAAUCCGAAAUCUAUAUACCUACUAUAAUAUAACAUCAAAAAAAUUGCUUUAACCGCUAACCAGCUUGAUUAAUACUUCUCAAAAACUAACACACUAUCAUUUCUAUCUUUAUAGCAACAUAUAAACUAAACCUUAAUUUUUUUUAAUACCUUUUCUUAGCACUAAAAACCGCCCUUUCUUAAUCACAGCACUUUUGAUAAGCUAUAAGUCUGCCGUUCUUUUAUUUAAAACCAAUUUGUCGUGUAACACAAUAAUCUUUACAUAGCAAUCUAUUUUAGUAUAACUAACAUAAUUUUUGUUUAGGUUAUACACAGGGCUUCAAACAGGGCAGGGUAUUAAAAAUUCACCGUUCCCUGCCUUAUGCAAGGCAAAUUGCUGCUGUUUUUGUGCUUUACAUUAGGAAGGGCUGUGCUCGGCCCUACCUGAUGCCGGACAUUUUAGCUCCGUGCCCGGCCCUGCCGCCAAGCCCGGUGGUAUACCUAAGCCAACUCAAUAUUAUUAUUACACCUAACACAUUACAUUCCUCUAUAUUCGACCUAAUUUACCUCAACAAACUAACCCGUGUACAAUUUUUUUCAUUUUUUUUCACAUUGAAGUGUUCAUGUUAUUUCGUUUUCUUUUUUUAAGCACGAAAUAUCCCAACAAUCGUUUUUGUCCGAAGCCACGGCGUUAGGCGUCUUCGAAGACUCAACCGUGCCAUUAGAUCGGCGAUUGUCGCGCACGUCGCUUCGAUCGUUUAUGGAGAAUGUGAGACAACACAGUGUUCCAAGGAGCAAAUGUUGCGGAUGUUUUAAGGUUUUUCUUACUUUUUGUUCUUUGUGUGGUAUGCUGUUUUGGUUUUUGUGUUGAUACAGCGCCUUUGGCUUGAGUUUUUAAAUGCCGUGCUAGUGCUGUGCCUUUGUUAUGCCGUGCUAGUGCUAUAUAUAGAUCUUCCUUUAAAUUAGCAUUUUUUUAACAUUUCGCGUUUAAAAAAUAGUCCUACACUCUUUCUAUACCGUCACCUUCUCUAUCACUGCCUUUCAUAAGUUCGCGUCACAUAUUCACAAAAAAAUUCAACACUUGUGCCAAUUUGUCUUGUAAAUCUAUCGUAAAGUGCCUGUCCCUAUUGUUGAAUAUGUUUGGUUUGCAACAAAAACAUUAAAAUUUCAGUCAUUUAUGACAAAAUAUGCUAAACACUAUUUAUUGCAUUGCUAAUCGCUUUUUUUCCUGUCUAGCUGGCCGGCUUCUAUCAGCUACGGCGAAAUACGGUGACGGUGGUUAGUCAAUUCGCCGGCGAGGUCAGCGCUUUCUCUUUAAUGCACACACACACACGCAAAUUUUGUUUUCAUGCUGUUGGCACUGAAUUGAAAAAUUAUUUUUUUUUGAAAAUUUUUAAAUUCAUUUCAAUUUUUUUUUAAUUUAAUGGGCUUACAUUUAAUAAGCUUACGCUUAGCAGGCUUAGGCUUCGUAAACUUAGGAUUGGUACGCUUAAGCUUCGUAAGCUUAAUCUUGGUAGGCUUAGGCUUAGCAAGUUUAGGCUUAGUAGACGAAGUCUUGGUAGGCUUGCCAAUUUUUUAGACAACCUUUCUCAUACCCCAAAAGCAUUUUCCCCAACAGCCAUCGUGUGUAGUUCUCACUGUUAUUACAAUAUUUCAUAUUCAGUAAAUUCAGCACUCGUACCACUCGUCUAGUACCGUAACCCACUAAUCGUACCGUAACAUUCACUAAUUCGCAUUAUUUUCAAUUGUAACGCCAUAACUUUCUUUGCACUUUAUUUUAUUUUUUAAUUUAUGCUAAUUUCUGCUAACAGUGUUUCGAGGCUUUUUGUUUGAGCACUAAAUAUAUUAACCAUGCCAUUGUUCGUUCAUAUUGAUAAUGAUGGUUUUAGAUACGACAAGUACGACAGUUUGAAGAAGCGACCAAUGAAGACUUGAGGGAUUCUGUAAAACAACAGAAUUCGAUUAAACGGAAUAAACAAAUGUUACCUUUUAUGGACUCGGUAACGUUUGGACGGCCACGGUAGGUGUUAUAGGAGACGUAUCAGAUUUGUUGACUUUAUCAGUUCCCAAGAUGAAUGACAUAAAGGUUAAUAUCCCGCAGUACCUAUAACACAAGUAUAAUAUAAAAACCCGCACCUUUUUCAGUCGAAAAUCCACUGACAAGUUCUUCUGGCUUCGCUACUGCGUUGGUAAAGCUGGAACGGAAAUUUCGUCCGAAGAAAGUUCCGAAACCAACGUGCCAACCAACGGUCCUGAUUGGGUUUGUGGCAAAACUAUUGAAGUAAGUCGAUUUUUUAUUCCUUAUUUGUUUCAAUGGGUAUAAAAAUUCUAAUAACCGGUCUAAAAGUAAAUAGAAAACGAAAAAUAACGUACCUUUUUAAUCCUUGAACCCUCUUGUCUUCAUAACACUUAUUUUUAUACUAAGAAUAAAUAAACAAACGUAUUUUACCUAAAACUUUAGGAAAUAGCCUCAACAGACGGAACACCAAUCACACCAACUAACAAUCGAAGUGGCAGUGCCAAAUUCCGGUCGAGAACUCAAACCGAAACCCAUUCCAACAAUCACACUGCUCUUACUCACACUGUUUCACAGUCCAACACUGUUCCAAUCCUUCAUACCUACACCGUGUUGAUUGAAUAUAAAGACGGAGAAAGCAAACGACCAUCAGUCAGACUAUCCAGUUGCGAUUCCGAUGGAUUUAAGUAGGUUUUUAGGGGUUAGCUGAUGGUGAAUAUGCUAUGGCGAUGAAAUUGGAGAUUUUGAAGUUCUUACCUAAAAUCUUAUCUAAAAACCUAAAUUUUAUAACAAAAGCUUACCUUUUAGAUAUUUAAACUCCACUUUGAUAUAAACAUCCAUGUUUUAAUGAAAAACCCAAAAAAUACCUAAAAAUCAAAUUUUCCGUAAAUUGUUACCUAAAAUCCAAAAAUACCAGAGAAACGCGUAAACAAUAAAAUAUUACCUUGCUUUUUGCUGUUAGGUACCUAAAAUAACUAAAACUUCAAAAAACUUGCAUGAACAAAUCAAAUAAAUGCUGUUCCGAUAUUAUCCAUGGCUGUUAGAUACCUAAAAACGCUAAAACAUCAAAAAUGGACAUGGCCCAACCAGAAAAUGACAUUCCCAUCGUUUUCAUUGUCGUUUAAUACCUAAAAUCAGAAUAACAAAUAAAGUAACUUACGUUUUUAUACCUAAAACACUAUAUUUCUUCCAUUUUCAGCACUGAAACACCAAUAAAUUCGACCAGGUCUUCGCGAAAAGCUCCCUCAACAAACCUAGACGAAGGUCGACGACAAAGCCAUGAUAAUAACCAUGGCGCUUCAUUCCAUCACGCUGGAAGCACAAAACUGAAUCAGAAACAAGAUCAACAGAAUGGGCGAGCGUUGUCGGCCAAGGAUCGAGAAGAACAGGUAUGUUUUGUGGUUGGUUGGUUGAUACCCUUGAUUUACUUGAUGAAAUUAGUGAUUAUCUGUAAAGAAGCAUAAUAUACUUGAAGUAAAAGCUUCUAAAGAGUAUAGAAGAGAUUAAAGAAGGUUUUUGGGUCUGAAACAAGGGCAAAAGACAUUAUUUUAGGUCCAAAAGCUGUUGUUUUUGUCGAAAAAGUGUGGAAAAUUUAAAAAAAAAAAAAAACCUUUAAAAAAAACCUUUUUAAAAGUGAAAAUUGAUAAGACAAAUAACAUUCUGAUCUUUUUGCAAGUCAACAACAUGAAUAACUUACUUCUCAUCAACGAAAGAGGCCCUUUUUGAAGCUUUAAAAUAAUUUGGCAGACGGCCGUUUUGCCCGAAUGUUUUUUCGAAAAUUGCAGGCUGCGAGGUCAUUUUAUACGAUGGAACCUUUAUUCAACAAAUAGCGAAAAAAAUUAUAAAAUAAGGAAGUAAAUACGUUAUGGUUAAGUUAAUAAUUAAAAGUUAGUUUUUGUAAUUUUGGUGUUAAAAUUUUUUUUAUUUUCGAAAUUUUAGCGAAAAUCGGAGAAAGAACGGCGAAAGAACGAACGACGUCAAGAAUCCAAGGCUGCCAAAACGUUGAGUGCGAUUUUGUUCGCAUUCAUCGUCACUUGGACGCCGUACAAUGUGAUUGUGUGUUGGGAAGCAUUCUACCCCAAUUCGGUGCCGGAAAUAUUGUUCACCAUCAGUUAUUGUUUGUGUUAUGUUAACUCAACGGUAUGAGCCAUUUUUAAUGAAACUUCGGUCAGAUUUUGAAAUUUUUUGGUUAGCAACUUUAUCAAAGACCAUGGCUUCUGUCUUAACAUUGAUUUGCCGUUUACGCAAAAAAAACAUUUUUGACUUUGGGUCCCACCACGAAACAUGUAUUUUGCUAAACUAGCCAAAUAGUGAUAUAAAAUGGUAGUUGUUGGUUUAAAAAUGUAAAAUAGGCUAUUAUAACUUUUGUUUUAACAUUUACUUUGCCGAUUACGCAAAAAAAAAUUUUAUUUGGUCUUACCACGAAAACAUGAAUUUUGCUGAAAUAGCCAAAUAUUGGUAUAAAAUGGUAUUUAUUAACCGAGAGAUAUAAAAUAGGUUAUACUAGCAUAUGAUGGAUCUAUAUAACAAAAACAUUGUCACUUUUUAGAUAAACCCUAUUUGUUACGCGUGUAACGGUCGAUUCUUGAAAACCUACGUUCGUAUCUUGCGAUGCCAGUUCUGGAAGAGUAAUCGUCGUCAGGAUUCGUUGUAUCGAAAUGCUUACCUCAGACGUCCUAUGUAA